AAAGACGAAAAGGAUAGAGGAAUUGAGAGGGCGAUUCUGGAAAAUAAGAUGGAAGGAUUACAAAGAGUAUAGAGGGAAGGGAGGGCAAAGCCAAAGGGGAUUUCGUUGUGUUGUGUUCCUCCGCCAGCGUUAGAGAUGAGUUCCGCCGAUACCGUCAAUGCGAGUUCUGCUGAGUCUGUCAAAGAACCUGUCAUAGGGUCAAGUCUGGAAGCAAAACAGGAUGAUACUGAAAUAAAAUCUCAAGUUGAUGCCAUGUGGGAACAAAUGAAUAAAGGAGUAUCUAAUAAGACCCUCAACAGAUUUACAAGCAAGCCUAAUUCUGCUCCAAAAAAAACUGCAAAGAAGACAUCAUCUAACUGGAUGUCUUAUUUGGCCUUGGCACCGAAGGCAACUGAAUCCCUUGGGCAAGGUGCUUCCAAGAAUGGACCUGGCAUUCUGCAGAGCAGUACAAGUGAUGAAGCCAAGAAGCUUGCUGCUGCUGCUCUUGCAGCAGUGAAAGAUGAUGCUGCCAUGGCUGCCUCAAGCAGGGGGAAACUUGUGAUUACUGAGGUUCGGGACUUUGCUGGUCAAGAAAUUGAAGUUAAAAAGCUUGUAGAUUCUGACUCAAAGGAGGCAAUGGAAAGAGCCAAAGCUCCUCCACCUUCUGCAGUGGAUACUGUCCUUGAACAAAUCAAGAAGAAACAGAAGCUCAGUGUACUGGAUAAGACCAAAAAGGACUGGGGUGAAUUUAAGGAAGAAAAGAGACUGGAAGAAGAGCUUGAUGCUUAUAAGAAGAGUUCUAACCAGUAUUUGGACAAGGUUUCUUUCUUACAGCGAGCAGAUUACCGUGAGUUUGAGCGUGAGAGAGAUGCGCGACUGGCUUUGCAAUCCAGGAAGCGACCAGAUAAUAUGCAAGAGGAUGACUGAAGGUAGUUGAAGACUGGAGUUACUACCUUUGGAGAAUUAUGUAUGGUUUUGUAGUGAGUUAUAGUUCCUGGGAAGGUCUUGGUCUCUCAAAAGAGGUAAAAGACCUUUGAUCACAUUAAAUGGGGUAUUGAUGGAUUUUGAGGUUUGAGAUUUGAAAUGCUUUUCAAUGACAUGGUACUAUAUGUGGGGGGUAAAAAUAGGGUGCUAGAGAGAAACAAGUAUAAAUUUUAGACUGACAUUAGUUCAUUCCCGUUCCUUGAGAGCCUCAGAAGACAUUCACUACUCGCUGAAGGUAGUUGCAAAGAACUCAUUUUGUGUCUGUCCAUUAUUUGGCUGAUUGAAUUCUCCUCUAAAGUAAAUAUCGGGACACGAUUAUCUUGCAAAGCAAUUCGAACUUAGUUUCAAGACAUAACAAAUCGUGUGCAUAUGCGAAACCUAAUAUAGUAUGGUGUUAUUAUUAAUAUCUAAGUUUUAUGUGAUGUUUUUA